AUGCCGAGCCGCAUCCUCUCCUCGGUCAUCGACGACGAGUCCGAGGAGGACGACGGCGACGCCGAGCAGUGGGCGGUCAUUGAGAUGCGCGACGGCGGCGAAGAGCAGAGCCACCCUCUGUUUGUCGACCCCGGCCGGACCGAGGACCGGUUCUGGAUCGGGCGCGACGCGAGCUGCGAAGUGACCCUCGAUGCGGCGAGCGUCUCGCGGCGGCACGCAGAGCUCGUCGUGCGGCGCAACAACAACAUCCAAAACAGAAUUCCCAAAACACCAAAAAGAAUUUCACAAGUUACGGGGUAG